AGAAGACUUUAUAUUCUGCUGGGAUAUACGUAACACUGGAGAGAUCCUACACAAGAUGGAAAGACCAGGACAAACUAAUCAGAGAAUAUCAUUUGAUAUAGAUCGAAGCGGGCGAUGGUUGAUUACUGGCGAUCAAAAUGGUCGGAUUCUAUGUUAUGAUCUUAUGAAUCCGAACGACGAAGAUUACAGUCGGUGUGUAUUGGAUUUUGUUGGACACAAUGAUUGUGUUUCCUCGGCUACUUUCCAUCCCACACAUCCCUUGAUUGCCACAUGUUCAGGUCAAAGAAAAUUUCCAAAUUACGACGAUUCAGCCAACGAAGAUGAAACCACGACUUUACACACAAUUGAUAACACUGUCAAGUUUUGGAAGGUUUCAGGACAAUAUCAAUGGUUCAAGUACGAAGAGACGAUAACAGAAGCGAUAGAAGCGAUAGAAGCGACAGAAGCGACGGAAGUGACAGAAGUGACAGAGGUGACAGAAGUGACGGAAGUGACGGAAGGGAUGGAAAUAGAGAAACAGGAAGAGGUUUCAACCAUGAUGACAGAAGAAAUAGUAAUAGAAGAGAUAGAAGAGAUGAACAAGUCUGCCUGA